AUUUGUCACAGGCUGUUGUGAAUCGAGGCCAGCGGCCCCACAAUGCCAGGCGGGGGAGCCCCUCUCUCAGCGACACACCAGAGCAUCACCGCCUCGCCUCAAUGAAAAGGACAGCGAGAGGAGAGAAAUGCAAAGGGAUGUAAGAUGGCAGAGCUACAAAUGCUAUUAGAGGAGGAAAUCCCUGCCGGCAAAAGAGCGCUUGUGGAAAGCUACCAGAACCUGUCCAAGGUUGCGGAAUACUGUGAAAACAAUUAUGUUCAGGCUCAAGACAAGAAGAAGGCCCUGGAGGAGACCAAGGCGUACACCACCCAGUCUCUGGCCAGUGUGGCUUACCAGAUCAAUGCCUUAGCUAACAAUGUGCUGCAGCUGCUGGACAUCCAGGCCUCGCAACUGCGACGCAUGGAGUCCUCCAUCAACCACAUCUCCCAGACGGUGGAUAUCCACAAGGAGAAGGUGGCACGUCGAGAGAUCGGCAUCCUGACCACAAAUAAGAACACAGCCCGCACCCACAAGAUCAUUGCCCCGGGUAACAUGGAGCGGCCGGUGCGCUAUAUUCGAAAGCCCAUCGACUACACGCUGCUGGACGAUGUGGGACAUGGCGUCAAAUGGCUUAAGGCCAAGCAACAUGGGAACAAUGCAGCAGGACGAGGAGGGACACUUUCCAGGACCACCCCACCCACACAGAAACCCCCGAGCCCCCCCAUGGCUGGUCGUGGUACACUAGGGCGUAACACUCCCUACAAGACCCUGGAGCCAGUAAAGCCUCCAGUGGUGCCCAACGACUACAUGACGAGCCCCGCCAGACUGGGCAACCAGAACAGCCCUGCACGCACAGCCUCGCUCAACCAGAGGCCCCGGACCCACAGCGGCAGCAGUGGUGGCAGUGGGGGCAGGGAGAACAGUGGAAGCAGUUUAGUCGGUAUCCCUAUAGCAGUUCCCACCCCCUCCCCUCCCAGUAUGGGGCAAGUGGUGACAUCCUCGGCCUCAGUGCCUCAGGGCCCCGGCCUGGGCCCCAUUCCAAUGUCCCAGUUCGGCACCAUCUCCCGCCAAAUUUCCCGCCACAACUCUUCCACCACCUCCUCGGCCUCCAUGGUGUCGGCCACCGGCACUUAUCGACGUGCACCAUCCGUCUCCUCCCAGCAGCCCCACAUCAACGGGGGCCCCGCCUACCCUCAGAAUCCAGUGUCUGUGGCUCCUCCACCUCCUCCUCCCAUGGUGCAGCUGACCCCACAGAUCCCUCUGACCGGCUUUGUGGCCAGAAUGCAGGAGAGCAUAACAGACAGCCCCGCCCCGCCUCCUCCGCCUCCCCUAGAGGAUAUUGUGGGUGUGUUUGAAGAGCGCUCUCCCCCUCCUCCUCCCCCACCUGCGGACUAUGAGGACGAGGAUGCAGCGGUGGUUAAUUACAGCGACCCCUACGCUGACGGAGACCCCCACUGGGCCCCCAAGAUUUAUUUAGAGAAAGUUGUGGCCAUCUAUGACUACAGCAAGGACAAGGAGGAUGAGCUGUCCUUCAUGGAAGGGGCCAUCAUCUACAUAAUCAAGAAAAACGAUGACGGCUGGUACGAAGGCGUCGCUAACGGCGUCACCGGACUCUUCCCAGGAAACUACGUUGAGGCGAUCAUGCACUAUGCUGACUAAAAAAAAUACAACACGGUUUUGAAAGGAGGUUAAAAUGAACUUUAGACGUACUGCACUUCAUACAGCCCCCAUUUUGAAUGAAGUGCCAUUGUGGAUUUUCAAAUGGUUUAUUUUUGGGGGGUUUGUGCUUGCACGGUUUUGUUAUACUCCCAAAAAAAAGUGUCGCACAAUGAAGGAGCUAAAGCUUCGGACCAGGGUCUGUUAGUUUACACUGUUCAUGAAAGGGAGGAGAUUAAGGCCUUUCAGAUACCACUGUUACGGCCCGUCCACACAGCGGCGUGCGUUGAAGCUUCAACGCUUCUGCCCAUUCACUUUGAAUGGGGUGACGUCACGCAUCACCGAACUGCAUUGUGGGAGCGAAGCGUAGCUUUGAGCAAUGUUCAACUUUUGAAGCUUUGAUGGAAGCGUCAGCCAAUCGAAUCAUAUGCCAGUGCAAGCUCUAGCCAAUCAAACCGCUGCUUGUGUGUCCGGGGCGGGAGAUUCAGGUGAGUGGUUGUUGGUCUAGCUCCAGACAUGCCCGCCGGCAAGCGACAACGCAAGCCGCUGUGUGGAUGGGCCGUUACAUCUCUGGUGGUCUGUAGCAGUCUAAAGGGGACAUAUCAUGUUCGUUUUCAAGUUCAUUCAUGUACUUCGGGUUUCUAGUAGAACAUGUUUACAUGCUUUAAUGUUCGAUAAACACGUUUUUUUCUUCGUACAGCCUGUGUAAAGAUACCUGAAUUCACCAUCUGUCCGGAACACCCCGUUUUGGCGCCUGUUUCUUUAAGCUUCCUUCCUGAAAAAGCCCAGUCUGCUCUGAUUGGCUUGCGGGAAAAUAUUGUAAUGGUAGUUCUCAAGCCAGUGUGGAUGGAGGUUGGUGUUUUCUAAUGAGCAUGAAUGUGAAAGUUAGUUGAUUGGCACUGAUAAAGCUUUUCAUGAUAUGUCCCCUUUAGAAGUCACAUUUUUCCUCAAAGAAAUUACAUAAUUAAAAAAAACGACAAGUUAAUUUAGAUUUUGUGUUAAUUUGCCGCCAACAUUUUCAGUAUUUAGAGUAUGCAGUAGAUCCAGACAGGGAAGUGUUGCAAGGAUUUCAUAAAUAGAUGAGGCAGUAUCGCAUUUUUAGGAUAAAAUGCCGUGCAUAUGCUCCUACCCCUUAUUUGCACUGUAGACCAGCAGACCAACCCUUCCCUUCCUUAAAAGAACAUCCAUCUUACCUUAAAAAAAACACCCGAAAAAGGACAAACAGACAUCAACAAGUGCAUUAGGACACCACUGAAUGUUCAAUGCCGUCGAUGUCCGAAUCACAAGCUUUUUAAGGUGGAACAAAAGCAACCUCGUGUUGUGUACUUACUAUGCUCUGUGUCAAUGGGGAUGCUGUUAAAAACUGAGUGUAUAGAAUGCAUUACAAAAAAAAGACAACAGUUUCUUGUUUCUGUUCUCUAACUUGUAUAUAAACUGUAACGUGAGAAGCUGCCAAUAACAGUACAUUUGUCACUUAGUGUGUUUUCACCUGUUUCCAUCCGUGCAGGUGAUGCCAAGAUUGGAUGCCAUUUACAUUUUUUAUUUAACUUGAAUAUAAAUUCUAUUCAUCACUCACAGUGCCAUUUUUUACUUUAUCGUGUCAAAGUGGCCGUGUAUAAACAGUUAUUUUUCUAUGUUCCGUCACACCUAUAUCCUGUUGGUCACUUAUUCGGUGAUGCUGUCCAGCUACUGUAGCAGAGCUUCUAAACACGAAGCAAAGGAAGGACUAAACUGUUUGUUUUCAAGUUUUCUUCCCAUUGCGUUUGAAUAGCUGCACUGAUCAGGUUAACCGUGAUGACUUCAUGAUUUCCGGCAUUGCAAGAGUUGCUUACAGAAGUAUCGGCUAACCUUUACAUGAGUGGUUUCUGGUGAGGGGCUUUACAUUGGUGCUCAAAAAACAUUAUCACCAACACAAACAACCUCAAACCGAGACUUCUCUACACACUGUAAAAACGUAACAAGUGAUGUUAGCGUAAUUUCUUUGUUCGAAAAGGUAAACAUCCAUCAGAUUUGAUUGUAAUCGUCUUCAAUCACCUCUAGUGAAUGUAGGCAACCCAGCAGUAAUGUAAAACUAAAGUUUGUUUUUGUCAAUGUACACCCAGAAACAGAUACAAGUCUGCGCUACAAAUGAAUGAGACUUGCUAAACGCAGUGAAUUGCAAUCCAGAGGGCUUACAAACAGUGCCGAUAUGAAGACUUCUGUGCUGGUUUCUACUACUUUUUCAAAGUAAACUGCCUGCUCUUACAAAGUGAUUGUUGUUGCAAGUAAAACCCGCCGUCAUAUAUCAUCAAAGCUAAUUGUUAUUUUUGAAUACAUGUUUGUAACAAGCCACAUAAACAAACAUAAUCAUGUACUAUGAGAAUAACGGGCAUUGAACACACUUUUAUUUUGAAAUGGAUACAGACAAACCAAAAUACUUCAGUAUUCAUUGGGCCUUUGUGCAUGAAAGCAUGCAUCUAAACGUCGUAACAGUGAAUGAUUUGCCACUACAUCCCAUUAUGAUUGUAUUUAUUCCAUCAGGAGGUCAUUUUUUGUGAAAACUUUUCUACCUAAUGUAUUUCUAGCUUUGCAUUCAACUUGUUUUUGUGUCUACUGAGGAAGGUUUGGAUAUAGCAGUUUGUAUGUAAAGGAUUAAUUUAUACUUUUUUCAUAGAGAAAUCAUGAGACAACCACUGACGUGCAGAAAUUUGUAAUGUUUACCACUUAAAGUUUCGCAUUUCAGGGCAUCACAGGUCAAGGCGCAUUUCUUUGAUGUGUGUUUUUUUAAUGGUGAAAAGUAGGGUGGGGGGAAUCUGUAACUUAAAUGUUCAUGGGAACAGAAUCCAAUAUUUGUCUUCUCCUCUCAGUUUGUACAUAGGAUGUGUUCAUUGAAAUGUAUGUACAGUCUUUUUGUAAUAAACAGUUCAUUGAAACAAUGAACAAAAUUA